UUCACUUCACUCUCAGCUCUUCAUUGCAUUGCAGAGAGGAUAGACACAAAACUGAAGAGAGGGGAGGGGGACACAACCAAAGGAGAUCCCUGUGAGACAUUUCUUUGACCUUCCCUUUCUUCCUUUCUUUCUCUCUUUCUUUCAUCUCCCUCGCCUUCAUUUUCUCCCCCUCUCCAAAUGUGUUUUGGGUUUCUCUCCUUUCCUCCUCCUCCUCCUCCUCGUUCUUCUUGUUAAGCGUCUCUGCUCUGCUUGGACGGUGGCUGCAUCGAUGCAAAAUGGGUUGUGGCAAUUCCUCAGCCACCACCACCUCAGGAGGGGGGCCAGCAGACGCAUCCAAAGAUGUGACAGAAGAUCCCUCGGUAGACGAUGAGAAAAGAAGGAACUAUGGUGGUGUAUACGUAGGUCUACCAGCAGACCUGACCACUGUGGCUGCUAGUCAGUCCAAGUCCACACGUAAAGACUAGCAGCUACUGAAGGGGACACAACACAGGAUCCUGCAUAUUCAUUCACCUAGAGACACUCACAUUACAAGCAGAGAGCAUGUAAGUGCUCUGAUUCUGGCUCACCACACUCUGGCUAAAGUCUCAGGCUUUAACACUUUUACUGAGCGAGGAUGUGGACAGCUUGCAGGGGCUCUGAGGACGCUGCCUCAUGGCGUCAUGGGAGGCACAUUGACGCAGGGAUGCACAGCGGAGGUCUGCGUACGGCAUCCAUCAUCAUCACCCUUCACUUUGCAAAAAAAAGAUGGGCAUCAAAGCAGACAGGCACCCACCCUAGGACUCGCAGCUGCGGGCGGCGGCAGCGGGCAUUGUGGCAGCCAUCUCGGCUUCUCGGUCAUGGCACUGGAACGCUCUCUUUCUUUCUCAGGAGGAGACGGGGGAACCCAGCCAACUAACUCACUUACUAACUGUCUGGGACUCACACACAUUCCCAGUGGCCCUCUGCAAUAAUAAUCACUGCUCAGUUAUUUCUCUAAAAUGCCAUCAAUGAUUCAUUGUGUGGUGGAGACAGACAGUUAGAGAGACAGGGACAAAUCAGAGUUCCACAGAAGGCAGCGAACACAUCCCUGUUAAUGCAUCACAGAACAUCUCAGCGUUGUUGAAAAUAGCUUUGAUUUCAAAUCGGGCACCAGAAAAGUCUGAAAAUGACACUGAUUAUAAUCAACAGAUCUAAGUGCUAUUAACAGCAGUGGGAUAAGUUGAUGAUGUUUAAAUUUUAAAAUUUACUGUAGAUGCUCCUAAACCUAAAUGUCCUGAGUGCACCAACCAGGUAGUAGCUGUUGUUGUCACUCACCUUGUGCCCCAGACUGAUUAUAUAACAUCAGCAUAUGACUCAUGAUACUUAGAGGAUCUCUCUCUCUCUCUCUCUCUCUCUCUCUCUCUCUCUCUCUCUCUCUCUCUCUCUCUCUCUCUCUCUCUCUCAUGCUCUCUCAUGCUCUCUCUGCAGCAUGUUGUUUCUUUUUCCCUGAAGAUCUCUGCUGCAAGUGCUUCUGGGUAAUUCAUACAGCUCUUAUAAUGUUUCUCUUAAAAUUUACAGAAACAGAAUUGUCUCACAGUUUGUUCCUAGCUCGCAACAUAAAUGUGAUCUCAUGUGUAACAGCAAAAACAAUUGUGUCUUUGAAGAAAAAAAAAAUUACAGGAGACAGGAAACAUAGUAAGAAAAGAAGCAGAGAUGUUGAUUUUGGUUUUCCCCUCCUUCUUCAUGCUAGUUUAUUUUCACACUUACAGUUUAUUGCAUUGCUUUGUAAUACCAACACUGAUUUUAUUACAGAAUAUUUUACACAUUAUGUGACAAACUGAAUUGUAAACCUUGUUUUACUGUAUGUAAUCUGUUAAUGAUGAGGCUGGUCUUAUUCUAUAUUAUUCUUAUUCUUAACAAAUCCCAUGAGAAAACUAAAACCAACAGUGUUUUUGUUUUCAUUACUCAUUGCAAGGUCUUCUUAGUGUUUUCAAAGCUGCUACAUUAAAGGUCAAGAAUGAAUCUUCAAAUUCAACAAUGUGGUACAUCUUCUCUUAGAAGGUUGCUACCCUGCCUGUGGCACUCUACCCCCAUUUGUUCCUAUAAAGAUGUAAAAUCUUAAAAACAUGUCACAAAUAUAAGGCUAAUUAAAAAAAAGGUCUAUCACAUCACAGGGGAAUAAGCUGUAUCAUGCUUUGGAUACAUACUUGUUUGAUGGAUCAAGUGAUUGUUAGUUUUUGAUAUUUCAUAGGAUUUGUUGACAAUAUACAGAAAAUAUGAUAUCACCAGACUAAUCCUUUGACAGAAAAAAAAACACAAACACCACAGUGUCCCUGGAAAAAAGAAAAAAAUACACUGGGCAGUCAUUAGGGGCCAGGGUCAUUUUUCAGCCAGGCUCUUGACAGUUCUCUCGCCUAAUGAAUGUAUAACAUCCUUCAUUCACCAGGACCCUAGAGGAGGGUGGAAAUAGGCCAACUUUAAACACUUGAGAUUCAAGAGAUGCUUUUUCAAAGCUUCACGAAAAACUUUAUACAUCUGUGUGCAUAAAACAAGGGAUGUAUUUCACCACGCCUGAAUACAAGCUCACUGUUUGCUGUUUAAGUCUGUUUUCUUAGGGGUGCAGUUCAGCCCUGCUGGCAGCCAAGCCAUCGGUCACACCGAUACCAAGGGAUUUCAUGUAGUGUCUUUUAAUUGCAAACCAUUUGUCAACUCACAUUGUUGCAGCGUUUGCACUGUUCACCUGUGGUAGAGGUAGAAUAUACUGCAGACACAAAGAGCUGCUGUAUAUAUUUUGUAGUUUGUGUGCAGUGUGCCAACAGCACCAUGGCACCAGAUCUGAUCAGAACCCCACUUGAGACAUUAUAUUUUUACUCUCCUUUCUCCUUGAUGUCUACAUUUCUUCCCUGCUGUGGCUUCAGUUUUCCUGCAUCAAUCCCUACCAGAGGCCUUUGGCUUUUACAGCGUGUCGUGCCGCCUGUCUCUCCCUCUUUUAUCAGCCCCUAUUUUGCCCUUUAUGGUCAGUCCUCCUGUAUAUGAUGAAUGUCAUUGCCUUUGCCCUAUUCAAUUAGUCUAACAGGGACAAGGGGGCAGAAUGUGGAUGAAUAACAGUCUGAAGUGAAGUCCUCUACAUUUAAAUGCUGCUGUGGUGCAUUGUGGGCUAGCUGUAAAGCUGUGCAGCAUAGCAUGAUGUUUGAAUGUAGUAAGGAUGGGGAUGCGCUUGAGACCAAAGCAAAGGAAUAUUUCGCGUUUUGGGUAAAUGUGAUUAGAAAAUGAAUGCCACUCUCAUGUCUGAUGGUAAAUAAGAGGCUACAGCCAGAAGCUGUUUAGUUUAGAAUAGCAUGAAGAAUAGUGACAGAAGCUAACAGCUGGCCUCGCUCUGUCCAAAGAUAAAAAAUCAAAAUGCUAACACAUCUAAAAAUCACAAAUUAACACAUCAUACAACACUCUGGUUGCCUGGCAACUUGCUCAUUUUUUUUUUUUUUUGCAUGCUUAACAAAACAGAUACAGCGUAUUGAUUAUUGAGCUUUAGAGGUUUUGGCAGGCACUUUUUUUUUACCUUUGGCCUGACCCAGGCAAGCUGUUUCCCCCUGUCUCCAGUCUUUAUACUAAGCUAUGCCAACUGACUGAUAAUUGUAGCUUCAUAUUCAUUUCUCUAAAUUAUUCCUUUAAUGUUUGGAAAUGUAAGAUCCUUCAUAUUUUGUGGCACUCUGAUGCUGAAAAUGACAGAAAACACUUGUGGUCCAUGCAGCUGUGAAAUGUUUUAAUUAUUUACAUGCCUAUUAAGACGCUGAAGAAGACCUGGAGUGGUCAUCAAAACCUGCCAGCGUCUCUUUUCUCUGCUGACUGCUGUAUAACUUUAUGAUUAAAGAGGGAAUGACUGAGGUGAUUGGGUGGUUCAGUGAUAUUUUACAGGUUCUUCUCUCUCAACACCUGUUCUGUCUAUCUUUCAUUCACAUAGACUCUUGAACUGUCACUCACACGUUCCUUUGCCCAUCAAAAUUGUCCACACACCCCUUCCUAAACACAUCUAAUUCAUCAAUGAUGCUGAAACGAGGAGGAAAAAAAAAAAAGCCUUGGUGCAACUCAUCCAUGAUUAUCUGAUUCAAUUAUUUAUGAUUAAAGACUUUUAUAUUGUC